AUUACGGCCCCUGUCGGCCUCUACGAUUUCCGCUCUCCGCAGCCUGGCAUGGGCUUCAAUCUGAGCCGGGGCCCACUGAGCCCACGCCCCAGCCCAGGCUGCCCUCAGCCUCCGAUCCCGCCGCCGCCCUCGGACCAGCAGCAGCAGCAGCAGCAGCAGCAGCAGCAUCCGCCGCCAGACUCGUCCAAAUCCGCGGUUCUAAAGCCCGGCCCCGCUCCCAGGGUAGGCAGCGCGCCGCCGGCUUCCGGCUCGGCGGCUCCGCCCGCCAUUCCUGCGACUACCGGGGGUCCCCCGGGGGCGCCUCUGCCCGCGCUGCCGAUCAGCGGCGUCCCGACCACUCCCCCCGGGGCCCGCGGCACGCCGCCUCCCUUCGCGAAACCCAAAGGCGGCACGCUGCCUGCAGAGCGGAAGCCCGGCGGCGGCCCGGGCCCGAGCGCUCCUGGCGGCCACCCCGAGCCACUGCACGGCGGAGGCAGGGAGUCCCGCGGGGGCCGCCAGCACCAUCCGCUGUACCACUGGCAGCAGCCUCAGGGUGCCCCGGCCGGCGGGCCCGGCGGCCGCGGCGGAGAGAUGGCUCUCUUGAGGAGGCCUGGAGAGAAAACUUACACACAGCGUAGUCGGUUGUUUGUUGGGAAUCUACCUGCUGAUAUCACAGAGGAUGAAUUCAAAAGGCUAUUUGCAAAAUACGGAGAACCAGGAGAAGUUUUUAUCAAUAAAGGCAAAGGAUUCGGACUUAUUAAACUUGAAUCGAGAGCCUUGGCUAAAAUUGCCAAAGCCGAACUUGAUAAUACACCCAUGAGAGGUAGGCAGCUUCUGGUUCGCUUUGCCACACAUGCUGCUGCCCUCUCUGUUCGUAAUCUUUCACCUUACGUGUCCAAUGAACUUUUGGAAGAAGCCUUUAGCCAGUUUGGUCCUAUUGAAAGGGCUGUUGUAAUUGUAGAUGAUCGUGGAAGAUCUACAGGGAAAGGUAUUGUUGAAUUUGCUUCUAAACCAGCAGCAAGAAAGGCAUUUCAGCGAUGCAGCGAAGGUGUUUUCCUACUGACGACAACUCCACGUCCAGUUAUUGUGGAACCAUUUGAACAAUUAAAUGAUGAAGAUGGUCUUCCUGAAAAACUUGCACAGAAGAAUCCAAUGUAUCAAAAGGAGAGAGAAACACCACCUCGUUUUGCUCAGCAUGGCACAUUUGAGUAUGAAUAUUCUCAGAGGUGGAAGUCCUUGGAUGAAAUGGAAAAACAGCAAAGAGAACAAGUUGAAAAAAACAUGAAGGAUGCAAAAGAAAAGUUUGAAAGUGAAAUGGAAGAUGCCUAUCGUGAGCAUCAAGCAAAUUAUUUGCAUCAAGGUCGGAUGAAAUACCAGGAAGAAACGAGACAUAUGGAAGAAUUUCACAAUCAAAAAGUGCAGAAAUGUAAACAAAUGCAAUUGAGGCAAGAGGAGAAACGAUGCAAAAGGGAGGAAGAGAUGAUGAUUCGCCAGCGUAAAAUGGAAGAACAAAUGAGACACCAAAGAGAAGAAAGUUACAGCCAGAUGGGCUACAUGGACACAAGAGAAAGAGACAUGAGAAUGGGUGGCGGAGGAGCAAUGAACAUGGGAGAUGCCCAUGGUUCAGGAAGCCAAAAAUGUCCACCUCUAAGUGGUGGUGGUGGUGGUGGUAGCAUUGGUUAUGAAGCUAAUCCUAGAGUUCCACCAGCAACCAUGAGUGGUUCCAUGAUGGGAAGCGACAAGAGUACUGAGCCCUUUGGGCAGGAAGAAGAUGCUGAGAUGCCAAUUUGGGUACCUGAGAAAGCAGUGUGUCAUCACGAUGGAUUCAACAGUGAGACUCAAACCCCAGUUCAGAAGAUAGAGGAUCACUUCAUAAGCGGUGGUGCUGAAGCAACAGCUGCCCUCAAACCCCAGUGGAGAAAAAGAACCAGGAAAAGGAAGCAGCCAUUGAAAGAUGCACUAAAUGUAGAUCCCCCAACUUGGGCUCAGAUUAAAGGACUGACGAGGAGAGCUUGGGAUGUGAUUGAGAGUCAAGGAGCCACUGUGACGCCAGCUCUCAUGUUUAUGACGAUGCUGGCUAUUGUAAGUUGCCAGUCAGCUGCAAGCUUGUGUGAUCCCAGUUCCAGCACUCCAGCAGAAAUAUAUCAGUUAUGGUUAAAAAAUAAAGAAGGGGAAGAUACAAAGGUUGAAUGAGCCCCCGUCAUCAGCUGAUCCUGUGGUGUCGGCAAAAGCCAAGUCUGGGAAACAUUCCUUGCCAAAAGACAAAGCUAUGUGAACAGCCUUGACACUCAGCUCUGAUGCCAGCAGUUUUCAGACAUUCUUAACCAGUACAGUAGGUUUUCUGGGUACAACAGAAUAGCUGUUAGAUGUUCUGAAUACUGUGACUUUGUAGUACACAAAGAAGCCUCUUGAUAAUUCUACAGGCCUUGAACAACUUGCAGAGUUUCUGUAGUUAAACUUACUGAUCAUGAGACCCUAUAUAAUAAACAUGCGGAGCCUGUUCUG